AUGGACACCAAUACAAUUCAAAGUGUUUACAUCCCUGAUCCUGAAGAAAAAAUUGUGUACAAGAAUGUUCGCAAGCCUAAUUUACCUGCUACGGCUGAUAUUGCAUACUGUGAAAUUAGAAUUGCAGAGCUAAUGGCUGAAGUCGAAGCUUAAAAGGAGCAUUCUUUCAAAAUCCAGUAAUAAUUGGAUCUCUAUGUUACAUACGAAUAAUCACUCAUAUAAUAUGAAUCCAAGAACACUAUAUUGUCUGAGGAAAACAAACAAUUAAGUUGCUUGCUGUAAGUGAAAUCCAGGGAUUUGGAACAAGCCUAAUUAAAAAUCUUAGAAUUGGAAUAAUAAAUAGAUUCACUGAGGGAGGUGGACCAAGAAUUACAUAGGAAUAUCUAGCUAUUGCUGUUCAAGGAUAGAGAGAUAUAAGAAUUAAAUAACAAAUACAACUCAUUAGAAUAGUUCUUGUAAUAAAAUAAGAAUUGGGAGUUAAUUAACCAAGACUUAAAGAAUUAAAUAAUCAAUUGGAAACAUGAUGUUGAACUUUGGAAGGAGAGAUUCACAAAAUCAGAAAAUGAGAGAAAACGACUAUUAGAAUUACGAGAAGAAGGACUUAAGAAAUAUGAUCUUUUAGAGAAUGUAGACACUCAGCCACAAUCUCCACAAGUAGAAUUGAAUGAAUAGUAGACAGAAAAGCAAAAGGUUGAGAAGAAUCCAGAAAAUCACUCUUAAUUACUCUAAUAAACAUAAGUUAAUUUAUUUGAAAAGGAACAUUAAAAUACUUUAUUAAACAAUGAAUUAAAUGGUUUGAGACAAUAACAAUAGGAAUUUUAAAAACGAUUAAGUGAAUUGACAAAUUAGUUAGGAAAAUUGGAUGAGAAGGACAAGGAAAUAGUCAGAUUAAAUGGAUUGUUAUAAGAGAAACCAAAGUUAUAAAUUGUGAAGGAGGAGAAGAUUGUUAUAGUUGAAAACAGUGCAUUAGAUGAAGAGAAAAUAAGAUUAUAAGGAUUAUUGGAUGAAUCCAACAUUCGUUUGGAGCACUCUUUCAAUGAGAUUGAACAAUUGAAUAGUAAAAUAUAGACGUUGGAGGAUGUGAAUCAAAAAUUACAAAGAGAUAAUAGGCAAAUUCAAAGAUUAUAGGAACAAAUAGAUUUAUUAGUUAUUGAUAAAUAGAACUUGCAGACUUCUAAUGGAUAAAAGGAUAAGGUCUUAAAUGAAACACUUGCUCUUUUAAGAUAAAAAACACUCGAAAUUUAAGAGUUGCAGGCAGUUAGAUAAGAAUUAACUAUAGCAAAUGAAAGAGUGCAUACAUUAAUAAAAGAUUUAGAAUAAUGUAGAAGACAAUUAGGAGAAUUAGAAUAAUUAACACAAUUAGUCAAAAAGUAAGAACAUAUUUGUUAAGAGAAAGAAAAAUUGGUUAAAGAGUAAGCCUUACAAAUACAAUAAUUAAAAUAAAAUAGAAACGAAUUAUAGAAUGAGUUGAAUGAUAGCAAGAUUAGAAUUAAUUUAUUAUCAAAGUAUGAGGCAAGAGUGAAAUCAUAAUAAAGCACAAUACAAUCACUUAGAUAAGAACUUUAAGAGACAUUGGGUGGAUCUGAACAAUGGAGAGAAAAAUAUAACUAGAAUUGUUCUGAAAUUAGUAGAUUAUAGAGAUUGUUAGAUGUUUCAUAAUAAAGAAUUAUUAAACUUUAAGAGGAAUUGAAAAACUUCAACAAUAACUUUGAAUUGGGGUAGAUUAAGAUUGAGGGAGCACCUGUCAUUAAGAGAAUUGAAAAAGUUGUCAUAUAAGACAAUAAAUAGAUUGAGAAAUUAUAAAAUUAAUUGAUAUCCUAGGAAUUAAACAAUGAGUCAUUAUUAAGAAAUAGAAAGUUUGAAAUAUAAACCACUUAAAGAGAGCUAGAUGCCUUAAAUUAACUAUUAUAAUAGAAACGAUAAGAAUCUGAGUUAUGGAAAAACAAAUAUCUAACUUCAGAAUAAUAAAACACUUAAUUGCAAAAUAUUAAUGACAAAUACAAAUAGUUAGUCUUGAGAUGUGAAGGACAAAAAGCAACUAUAUAAUAAUUAGAAAACAAGAGUUUAGAACAAGGAUAGGAAAUUGAAUAAUAAAGAUCCAAGAUCUUUUCCUUGACUCUUGAAGUUCAUCAAAUCGAAGGCUACAAGAUUGAAAAGGAAUAACAAAAGGAAAAGGCUCUUCAACUAUAUUAGGAGCUCAUUCUUUCAUAAUCAAGAGUUGCCCGAUUAAUUGGAGCAUUUAAUGAAUUAAAUAGACAAAAGAGCAUUAAGUCGGAUAAUCCAUAGGCAAAAUUUGUAUAAUAAAAGUCAGAUACUGUGGAAAAGAUGAGAUAGAAGAUUGUUGAACUUGAAAUGGAAAUAGAUGAUACUAAGGAUGACUAGAUUAGUGAAUUGGAAUAAAGAAUACAGAUUUUGGAAUCUGAAUUGAAGAAAUAACUGGAUAUCAAUGGGUAGUUAGUUAAGGAUCUCUAAAAUGUGGAUAGAAAGAAACAAGAUAUUCUUAGUGAAUUAUAGGCUUUGUAGACAAGUGAGUCAGAUACAAAUUAAUUAAGAAUAGCUUUCAAUAAGAAGGUUAAGGAAUGUGAGUAACUUAAAACAGAUUUAGAUAAGAUUCAAAUUGUGAUAUAGUCUUAUGAAUAAUAGAUAGAGAAAUCAAGAGAAUAAGAUGCCAAUUAGAAGAACGAAUUAUAAAGAUUGAAGAUAUUUAAUAAUAAUCUUAACAAACAGAUAGCAUCUCUUUUAUUGCAUUUGAAUUCUUUAGAAUUGACUAUCAAUACUCAAAGACACAAGCUGGAUUCAUAUCCUGAAUUUGAGGAAAGGAUAAACGAUUAGAUCGGUAAGAUUAAUUCCUUGGAGAAAGAUAAUAAUGAAUUAAAGUUAUAGAACGAUAUUCUUAAUGCUUAAAUUAGUUAAUUAGAAUAAAAUAUUAUCAAAUUGUAACCAUUAGAAUAAUAAGUGACACUUCUCAGAGAAAUAAUAAAUAAUGAUAAUAGAGAGAUCAGCUUAUGGUAGACAAGAUUUUAAGAUCUGGAAAAUGAACGUUCUUAAUAAAAUGAAGAUUAUAGAAAGAAGAUAGAUUAAUUCAAAAUCGAAUUAAAAGAUUAAUAAAAUUUGGAGAUGAUUAUUAAACAAUAAUAAAAUGAUAUUGAGGAUCUUACUCAAAAUAAUUAAAAGUUGGUUGCAAACAUAAGGGAAUUACAAACACAAUAGGAUAAAUUAUUAAGAGAUUUAGAUAAUAAGGAUAUUGAUAUAAAGAGAUUACAAUAAAUUGAAUAGGAAUUCAGAAAGUUAUAGGAACUAUUCUAUUAAGAAAUCGAAAAAUACUAGGAUUUAAGUGAUAAGCAUUAGUAGUUAUAGAAUCAGUAUGAUUAGACAAGGAGAGAAUAAGAGAAAUUGGAGAAUAAAUGUGCUAUGAUGUCUAGUGAAAUUGAAAGAUUGAAGGUCAUGCUUAAGAAUAAAAAUUAAGAAUUAGAAUUGAACAAAUAACAAAUUCAUUAAAAUGAACAAUUGAUUGAUUAAUUACAACCAUUAACAGUCGAAAAUAAACGAUUGUUUGAAUAAAUUUAAAAGUAGAUUCAAUAAAUUGAUGAGUUGAAAUAACAAAUAAUCUAGUUAUAAAGAUAAUUGGAAGAUAAGAAGAAACAAUUGAAUUAAGAAUAAAUUAAUUAAGAAUAAUAAUAAGAAGAAAUUAAUAGAUUAUUGAAUGUUUUAAGAAGUAAAGAGGAUGAUAUCCAUUAAUAUAGAUAAGUCACAAAGUAAUAUGAGAUUCAAUUGAAGGAUAACAAGAAGGAGGAUGAUCAAUGGAAUGAUUUGUAAAAUGAAUUGAAUAAAUUGACCUAACAUGUGAAUUAUUUGAAUGAGGUUAUUGGUUAGAAAAAUAUAGAAUUGGAGAACAUGCAAAAACAGAACACUCAAUAUUAAUUAUAAUUAUUAGAGAAUGAGAAGUUAGAUUACAAGAUAUUAGAGAAGACAGUUGAAGCAAGAGAAAAAGAAGUUGAAGAUUGGAGAAGAAGAUUCCAAAAACUAACCUAAGACUAAGAAAAAUUGUAUAAUGAAAAAUUAGAAUCAAACAAUAAAUUAGCAGGUUAAGAGUUGGAAAUAGAAAGAUGGAAAAGAAAGGUGACAUCAAAUGAAAGUGAAUUGAACUUACUUAGAAAUAUUAUAAGUUAAUUAAAUGUUGAAAUAGAACGUUUAAGUAAGAGCAGCGAAGAUCUAUUGCAAGAUAAUGAAGGAUGGAGAGAAAAGUAUUCAAAACUUUAGCAAUAAAUCCCAUCUAUGUUAGAGUUGAUACCACCAAUUACUCCUGGAAACAGUUUUAGAAUAUCCGAGAAGCCAUAAUAAUGA